UUAAUCUGAAUUCAUAUCAGUUACAAUUCUCCGACGAUCUUCCCGGAGAAUAACUUUUGUGCAGAAUUCGUCAAUUUCAUUGGCAAAGUAACUUCUUUCCUUUUGUUAAACCAAUGCCUCGGUAUUUCUGUGACUAUUGUGACACUUACUUGACACAUGAUUCGCCUUCUGUCAGAAAACAGCAUAAUGCCGGUUACAAACACAAGGCUAAUGUACGGUCUUAUUAUCUGAAGCUUGAGGAGGAGCAAACACAGAUUCUGAUAGAUCAGAAAAUCAAGGAGCGCCUUGGGCAGGCAGUAGCCUACCAGCAAAUAGGUGCAGCUUAUAAUCAACAUCUUGCUGCCUUCCCUGGUCAAAGACCCUGCCUACCUAUGAUGCCACCUCCUAUGCUGCCUGUUCCAGGAGUGAUGCCCCCACAAUUAAUGGCAGGUGCCAGGCCUCCCAUUUUGCCAGUGCCAGUUCUUGGUGCUCCAGGUUAUUCAGCAGUUCCUCCAACUGCACCAACUGCAGGGCAGAUGCCACCUGUUGCAUCCUUGCCGAUGCAACCCAAUGCUUUUCCAGCUCCUCCUGCACUGAAUCCCCUUGUAGGUGUUCCAGGUGGAAGCCCUCCACCUAGUGUAGGCAGCGCCCCUUUUCCUGCUACACAAUCAAUGUACCAGCCAAAUCCCAAUGGAAUUGCUGCCUCUUCUGCUAAUGAGACAACAACCAGCUAAGUUUGUGCUCAAGCCAGUGAUAUUUUGACCAUCUUCUGUGUUCUCAGUAGGAUAUUAUGGUUUUGGAUGAAAUGGCAAAAGAACAAUGGCUUCUUAAGGCGUACCGGUACUUAACAUCAUCAAGUUCUCCUGAUAAUUGUAGAGAAGAGAGAACUUUUGCUUCUAGGAAGAAUAUCAUGUCCUUGAUCUGAUUUAAUGAGUAUUUGCUGGUUCUCAUGUAUUGUACCUUAAAUCUCAAAAAAGGAAACUCGGAUUUCUUCUCAGUACUAAACUACUCUACCAAUAACCCUUACACUAUGUUUGGAUUAUUGUUAUCCAUUGUAUUGUACCGUUGUUAUACAUACAAUGUCUGUUUUGAUUGUUACUUAAAACGUAUUGUACUGUAUUGUUAAA